AUGGCUGCCCAAGUCCAUAUGACGGAUAGCGACAUAGCAAGAAUUUUAGAGUUUGAUGGCAAUGAUUCUACCGUUGAAGGCCUUUCUGACGAUGACUUCGAAGGCAGUCAAGAUCUUGAACCACGCCUGGAAGAGCUGGAGGAUGAAGGUUCAAACGACGACUCGAGCGAUGAUGACGUACCAUUGGCUGCUGUUGCUGCUCGUCAGACUUCAAGUCGUCGACUAUAUUUCAAGCAUGAAAAUGAUUUCACUCCAUAUCCACCAGGCAUGUACUGUCAACCUUUAGCUGCAAGUCGCGUUAAUUUGUUACAAGAACCAAUUGAAUAUUUUUUGAGAUAUAUUCCUGAAGUAAUGUUUGAAAUAAUAAGUAAUUAUUCAAACCAGACAUACUUAUUGAAGAAAGGUCAAAAUCUGAACACAACUAAGGAAGAAAUUAAAUUGUUUUUUGGCAUAUCUAUAGCUAUGAGUUAUUUGGGCUUGCCAAGGAUUAGAAUGUAUUGGGCAAACAGGACAAGGGUUGCAAUGAUAGCAGACCGCAUGACUAGAGACCGUUAUUUUAAAAUUCGGACAAAUUUGAAACUUGUAAAUGAUCUUGAGGUGGAUGAAGCAUCCAAGCAAAAUAAAUUCUGGAAAGAUAACCCUUUGAUCAAAACUGUGAGAAAAGCUCACCUAGAAACUCCCAGAUCUCAACAUAUUAGUGUAGAUGAGCAGAUGAUACCCUUUUGGGGUCAAGUAUCAAUGCGGCAGUUCAUAAGAGGAAAACCAAACCCCUGUAGUUUAAAAAACUUCGUGUGCACUACUCCAGAUGGUGUGCCUUUAGACUUCUUCAUGUAUGAGGGCAAAGGAGAUACAAUACUCACAACCAAUGAAGCUGAAGUUCUUGAUAUUGGCGGAAAAGUUGUGCUGAAGUUAUCUGAAACUUUGCCUGAAGGAGUUAAGUUAUACAUGGACAGAUACUUUACAUCAUUGGAUUUACUGGACAAAUUACGUUCAAAGAAGAUGCAGGCAACAGGUACUCUUAGAAAGGCAAACAUACCUAAAAACUGCAAUUUCAAAACUGACAAUGAGUUGAGAAAACAAGGACGUAGUUCUUCGGAUCAACUCGUUCGCAGUGACGGUAAUGUGGCAUGUCUAAAGUGGUUUGAUAAUAAACCAGUAAUAAUGGCAUCAUCUGUUGAUUCCAAAGAACCCAUCAACAAAUGCAGACGUUGGUGUAAAAAAACUAAACAGUAUAUCCAAAUUGACAGACCAUUUGCAAUAGAGCAAUAUAAUAACAUGAUGGGCGGUGUAGAUAUGUUGGACAGGGUCAUCAGUUUUUACAGAAUUAGAGCACGUUCCAAAAAAUGGACUGUUCGUCUGAUUUUCCACUUCUUUGACUUUGCGGCAGCUGCUGGAUGGCUUGUAUACAGGAAUGAAGCUAAAUUGUUAGAAUGCCCUAAAAAAAACAUUUUGGACUACUUGGAGUUCAAAGUGCAAAUUGCAAAUUCAUUACUUUAUUCUACACCAGCGAGGGAACAGAUACACAUAAUUCAUGAAGUAGAUUCAGACGACUCAACAGAAGAAGCACAACCUUGGAGCCGUAAAAGAAAAUGUAUACCUCAACCUCCAGUUCAACUGAGGACAGCCAUGGCUGGUCAUUUGCCAUUGAUUGAUGAACAAAAUGACAAUCACAGAUGCCGAAUGCCAGGAUGUAAAAGCAAGAAAGCUAGAGUGUUUUGCUCUACUUGUAACAUGCAUUUAUGCCUUGUAGUAGGACGAAAUUGCUACAAACGCUAUCAUGAAUCUGUCUAA